AUGGCGGACGAGGAUGGCGCAUCCCCCCGCGAACUGAUCAUCGAAUCCUGCCGACGGAACAAUACCUCGCUGCUUGAAGAGACUAUAGCAGACCUUGCCUCUGCCGCAUCAAAGUCUGGAAAGAAUCCAACAGAGUAUGUAGCAAGCACACUGAACAACGCACGAGACGCUGUUGGCAAUGGAUGUCUGCACGUUGCGGCAACAUACGGAAGCUAUGAAAUCCUCGACAUCCUCCUUGACCAAGAAGGCCUCGAAAUCGACGAAAUCGACCGCAUGGAGAAGGACACACCCCUCCACAAAGCUGUGCGCUAUGUCAACUCCCUCGACAAGUCCGACUGGGCCUCUGCAGGCCACCACAUCGUCGACAUCCUCCUUGACGCAGGCUGUGACCCCAGGAUACGGAACAAGGCGAAGCUGAAGCCAGUCGAGCUCGUAGACCCCAGGAACACGGAGUUGAGGAGUAUGUUACAGAAAGGCGAGUUUGCGAUGCAGGCUGGCGGGGAUGUGGUGGAGGACGAUGACGAUGGGCCGACGGGGAGUGCGAGUGACAGCGAUUAG